CCUUGCUGGCGGCCGCCGCUCCCGGGCAGCCCCGGGUCCCCAGCGCCGAAGGGGCCUCCCGCGAGCGCAGCGCACCCCGCGCCUCGCUUUUGCUAGGCAGUGCCCCGCUCCCCACGCCCCCGCGGGUCCUGCAGGAAGAUGGUCCACGAGCGGUGGAAGACCGUGGGCGGCGCGUCCCAACUUGAGGACCGACCGCGCGACAAACCGCAGCGUCCAAGCUGCAGCUACGUGCUGUGCACGGUGCUCCUGUCCCUUGCAGUGCUGCUGGCCGUGGCUGUCACUGGUGCAGUCCUCUUCCUGAACCAUGCCCAUGCGCCAGGCACGGCGCCCCCACCCAUCGUCAGCACAGGCUCCGCAGGGGCCAACGGUGCCCUGGUGACCGUGGAGAGGGCGGACAGCUCCCACCUCAGCCUCCUCAUCGACCCUCGCUGCCCCGACCUCACUGACAGCUUUGCCCGCCUGGAAGGUGUGCAGGCAUCCAUGCUGCGGGCACUGGGUGAGCACCAGGCUCAGCCGAGGCCGGAUGGUACCUCUGAGCUGCUGGACGCCCUGGCUGACCAGCUACCCCGGCUGCUGGCCCGGGCCUCUGAGCUGCAGGCGGAAUGCGCUGGGCUGCGCAAGGGACACAGCAUACUGGGCCAGGGCCUCAGUACCCUGCAGAGCGAACAAGGCCGCCUCAUCCAGCUUCUCUCCGAGAGCCAAGGUCACAUUGCUCACCUGGUGAACUCAGUGGGUGACGUCCUGGAGGCUCUGCAGCGGGAGCGGGGGCUGGGCCGGCCCCGCGUCAAGGCUGACCUUCAGAGGGCCCCUUCCAGGGGAGCCCGGCCUCGAGGCUGUGCUAACGGCUCUCGGCCCCGGGACUGCCUGGACAUCCUCUUGAGCGGACAGCAGGAUGAUGGUGUGUACUCCAUCUUCCCCACCCACUACCCCGCUGGCUUCCAGGUCUACUGUGACAUGCGCACUGAUGGCGGAGGCUGGACGGUGUUUCAGCGCCGGGAGGAUGGCUCCGUGAACUUUUUCCGAGGCUGGGAGGCGUACCGGGAGGGCUUCGGCAAGCUGACAGGGGAGCACUGGCUGGGGCUCAAGCGGAUCCACGCCCUGACGACACAAGCAGCUUAUGAGCUUCACGUGGACCUGGAAGAUUUUGACAACGGCACCGCCUACGCCCACUACGGGAGCUUCGGUGUGGGCUUGUUCUCUGUGGACCCUGAGGAGGAUGGCUACCCACUCACGGUGGCCGACUACUCUGGCACCGCAGGUGACUCCCUCCUGAAGCACAGUGGCAUGAGGUUCACCACCAAGGACCGAGACAGCGACCACUCAGAGAACAACUGUGCCGCCUUCUACCGAGGAGCCUGGUGGUACCGCAACUGCCACACGUCCAACCUCAACGGCCAGUACCUGCGUGGCCCUCAUGCCUCCUACGCUGAUGGCGUCGAGUGGUCCUCCUGGACUGGUUGGCAGUAUUCGCUCAAGUUCUCAGAGAUGAAGAUCCGGCCGGUCCGAGAGGACCGCUAGACUGGCCCACACUGUCUAGCACCACUGUCCUCUGGUUAUGUCUAAGUCCCCACACAUCUCACCCAGUGCCCACUCCAUGCCCGCUGCUGCAAGAACACCUCUGCCCACCUGUGCAUGGCUGACCCGCUCUUCAUUAGGGCUGGCCCUGAAACUCAGCUCCCUGGGCCAGUGACACCCCUUCCCAACCAGGUCCCUGUUUAUCCGCUGACACGAUCCUCUUGUUUCUACGGGUGGGGCUGGCACCUGGCAACCCCAAAUCCCACGUGCCCAGACCUCAGCCCCCACGCUUUGCCUGCUGCUUCCUGGCAGGACAGCAUUCCCCCACUUUUCCUGGCUUUGCAAGAACAUCAAGAGUGGGGGGGCAGACAGCACACCGGGCCCCUCCAGGAGAUGGGAGUGGAAGGCUCAGACCUUCCUGCAUCUGACACCUACCUGCCUGCCCUAGCACCAUUCCCUCAGGGCCUGGAGACGCCACUUCUUAUCAGAGGACCUCCAGUAGCUGGGGCGGCUGUCGCCUGUGGC